CGGACCCGGGAAUUCCGAAGGCGGGGUCGGCGCUGCCCGCGCACUGAGGCCGCGCCCCUCCUGGCCUCGCUUCCUCGCUGUCAAACAGCCGCAGGAGAGCCAGCCCCGGCCGGAGCUCGAGAGGUCCUGGGCUGCCGCACAGGCUGGCACUGCCUGGAGAGGGGACCACUCCGAGACUGCACCGCGCGAUUGAAGGCUCCUGGAAUAUCUUGCGGACUGAGGAUCUGAUUCAACUUAAUGCCAUAGGACGCCUUCGUUUUUGCACUACCCUGGGACCUUCACCAAAUUUUUCAGUUGCAAAUCUGUUGACAGCCAAUUUUACAUCACAUCCUAGGCUCCUCGCACUCUGAAUUUGCAUUACUCAGAGAGUGUGCCCAAAGUUGAAAUUGCCCAAAGCACAGCUCAAGUUUGCAUCAGAACGAAAGUGAACUUAGGCCAGCUGUGCAUGGCCCAGGAGUGGGAAAGGUGAUGGAUUCCUGAAGUGAAAGAGAUUGUGGAGGGGGCACCGCCCAUGCUGCCCUGCUUCCAGCUGCUGCGCAUAGGGGGCGGCAAGGGUGUCGAUCUCUACACCUUCCACCCUCCAAGCGGGACUGGCUGCACCUACCGCCUGGGCUGCCGGGCCGACCUGUGUGAUGUGGCCCUGCGGCCCCAGCAGGAGCCUGGCCUCAUCUCUGGAGUCCACGCAGAGCUGCACGCUGAGCGUCGGGGCGAUGACUGGAGGGUCAGCCUGGAGGACCAUAGCAGCCAAGGGACUUUGGUCAAUAAUGUCCGACUCCCAAGGGGUCACAGGCUGGAGUUGAGUGAUGGUGACCUUCUGACCUUUGGUCCAGAAGGCCCCCCAGGAACCAGCCCCUCGGAGUUCUACAUGUUUCAGCAAGUCCGAGUCAAACCUCAAGAUUUUGCUGCCAUUACCAUUCCACGGUCUAGGGGAGACCAGGGAACCGGGACUGGUUUCCAGCCCGUGCUGCCCUCCCAAGGGGCUCCACAGCGCCCCCUCAGCACCCUCUCCCCUGCCCCCAAAGCCACGCUGAUCCUCAACUCCAUUGGCAGCCUCAGCAAGCUCCACUCCCAGCCCCUCACCUUCUCUCGGAGUGGGGGGGUGCUACAGAGCCGGCCCACUCCAACUCCCCCUGGGGAAGUAGGGACCACCCCUUCUGCCCCAGCCCCAAGAAACCGGAGGAAAUCAGCUCACCGAGUGCUGGCAGAACUGGAUGAUGAGAGAGAGGCUCCCGAGAGCCCCCCACCAGUCCUUAUGGAGCCCAGGAAGAAACUCCGUGUAGAGAAGACUCCACCGACACCCAGUGGAAAUCGACGUGGGCGUCCUCGGAAGCACCCAGUGAGCACGCCCAGGGCCCCCCCUGCAGUUGGGGGCGGGGAGCCCUGUGCAGCCCCUUGUUGCUGCCUACCCCAAGAAGAGACAGUAGCCUGGGUUCAGUGUGAUGGUUGUGACAUCUGGUUCCACGUGGCCUGUGUUGGCUGCAGCAUCCAGGCUGCCAGGGAAGCCGACUUUUGAUGCCCAGGGUGUCGUGUAGGUAUCCAGACCUAAGGCCCACCACCAAAGCACCAGAGGACAGAGCUGGCACUUCCAGGUGGACACUGGGGUGCCAGUGGAUCCUAAGAGAUACCCUCUUCUUCCCUUGCCUCCCCAGGAGGGAAUGACUGCAGGGGAAGGGUCCAUGGCUAUGGAUGUCAAUUCAAGGCCUGGAGCAAGCCCUCAUGGCCAAGGUGACAGAAGAGAUGGUUUCCUGCCAAAGAUAUUGCUGCAUCUAGGAAGUUGCUCCAGCUAGGAAGUGAGCUGGAGAGUCCCACUUAUAAGAUGUUGUCAUGGACCCUAGGAUGUCUGUGGUCAAGAGCACCCAUAAAUUGCAGAGGUCAUGCCUGGGAAGGUGGAAGCCCCAGACUUGAACAAGCAAGUUCUUAAUGUCCUUGGAUGGCAUCACCUAAGGCACCUCUGGGAAAACCUAGGGCACAGCCCCAGACUUCCUUCUUACAUUGUGAGUAAUCCUUCCACUGACAAUGAUUGUGACCUGGCUUUUCAGAGCUUUGCUUCCAUUUCCAAAUAAAGAAUAAGCAGCUUCUGUCUGUGGGUCUGAUA